CGCCGCCGCCGCCCGCUCUGAUUGGCUGACGGAGGAGCUGCUGCCUGACGCUUCCUGCAGGCUUCAGUCGGUGACUCAUCUCCGCCUCGGGUUCUUCGGGUUCUUCCACUUCUUCUUCUGCUUUUGCUCCCGUCCCAGAAAUCUGAAGAGGUCAGAGGUCAGGGUCUGGGCGGAGGGAGGCCGGGGCUCGGCCGGUGAUUGGGCGCGGCGAGGGACGGAGGAGACGAGUCGGAGACGAGAACAUGGCCGCCGGCGGUCUCGGGAGGAGCCGAUCCUGAACCAGAGCUUCGUCCAGACGCCGCCGAACUGACCUUUGACCCCUCUGUGCUGCUCAGGGGAAUGAUGGACGCCUCCUGGCUCCCCCUGCUGCUGUCCGCCGCCGUCCUGAUGGCCGCCGUCGUCCUGCUGGCGGUCUGUGUGGACUGCAGGAACAACGGGCCGCUGGCGUCCAUACCACAAACCCACGCCUCCGAAGACUACAUCCGGUCCACUGACUUCAGAAUCAUCCAUCCAUCUCGAACAAACACAGACCUGAACUCCCUGGGCUCCCCGUCCAACCUGCUGUCGCCGCUCCCAAAUUCCGUUGGUGGAUCUCAAAGACAGCCGUCCUUCACUGCCACUGAGACUGAGAGUAAUCCCAGCUACGAGAAUCCAGGACCGGAGUGUCUGGACAGCGACGCUGAAGACCCCGGCUACAUAAUCGUGCUGCCGGACGGUGAAGCUCCGCCCAGUUUGAGCCGCGCCUCCACGCCGAACUCCGGGACCUCAGAUGCAGAACCCAACUACGUCAACAUCGCCUGUUUGCCUCCAGAGGACAGCCAAGACUACGUCAACGUGGAACCCAGCUCCGUCUCCCAGGCGAUGCCCGAAUCUUCAGCUCAGACCGACGACGACGACGACGACAGUGACGACGACGACGAGGGAAACUACGUCAAUCAGCCUCCUGUGGCGCUAGAGGAUCGUCGUCAAGCAGAAAAACCCAAAUCCCAGCCUGAUGCACUGCUGGCUGCUUUUGCCGAGCAGAGAAAAUCCAAAUAAAAGAGCCAAAGGUGAAGAUCCCAUCGGGAACCCCUGACUUCAGACCCGGUCUGUGUUCUGAUCCGUUCUCCUGACAUGCGUUUGGUUCUCCUCUGUUCAGUUCUGAGCCGCUUGGUUCGGAUCUUUUCUGACCUGUUCUGUUCUGUUUGCUUCUGUUCCAUUAGGCUGUGAUCUUUUCGGUUCUCGUGUUUGGUUGGGAUCCGAUCCAUUUGGUUCUGAUCGGUUCUGAUCUGUUGUAUUCUGUUUGGCUCUCUUCUGCUCUUAUCAGUUUGAUUCUGAUCAACUGGGUUCUGAUGUUUGGUUCUGAUCCGUUUCUCUCUCUCUCUCACUGCGCGACCUGUUUUGAAUUUUGAUUUAUAUAUUUUUUUCUGACAACUCCUGAGAAUGUUUGUUUCCGAGUGUAUUUAUGUGUUGUUGCCGUGGUUCUGACUGACUGUCUGCAGUCUGACUGUCAAAUCGAAAUAAAGCUGGAUGAAGACA